AUGUGUCUCUCUUUUCCCUACUGUUACCUCUCCUCCGUUCAUUGUCCAACUUACACUUCAACUAAUUCACUCGACAAUGAAGCCAUCUACGAUAUUUGCCGCCGAAACUUAGACAUUGAACGCCCGACUUACACCAACUUGAAUCGCCUCAUUGGUCAGAUUGUUUCCUCUAUCACAGCUUCUCUUCGUUUCGACGGCGCCCUUAAUGUUGACCUAACAGAAUUCCAGACCAAUCUCGUGCCCUAUCCCAGAAUUCAUUUCCCUUUGGUCACGUACGCUCCAAUAAUUUCAGCCGAGAAAGCAUACCACGAACAACUGACAGUUCAAGAAAUUACAAAUGCCUGUUUCAACCCGAGCAACCAAAUGGUGAAAUGUGAUCUUCAACAAGGCAAAUACAUGUCCUGUUGUAUGUUGUAUCGUGGAGAUGUCGCCCCCAAAGACGUCAAUGCGGCUAUCGCUGCCAUCAAAACCAGAAACUCCAUUCAGUUCGUCGACUGGUGCCCGACAGGAUUUAAAGUGGGCAUCAACAACCAACCACCCACCGUUGUACCAGGUGGAGAUUUGGCGCGGGUCCAAAGAGCGGUUUGCAUGCUGAGCAACACCACAGCAAUCGCUCAAGCGUGGGCAAGGCUUGACCGUAAAUUUGACCUGAUGUAUGCCAAAAGGGCUUUUGUCCAUUGGUAUGUAGGCGAAGGCAUGGAAGAAGGGGAAUUUAUGGAAGCCCGUGAGGACCUGGCGACCUUGGAAAAAGAUUACGAAGAAGUUGGACUGGAGUCAGGAGAUAACGAAGAAGAAGAAGAAGAGGAAGAAGAAUUCUAA